CAUGCGCUUGUCAUGCUCUGUCAGAGUAUAAAGAGCCGAGAGGACGGAGAUAGUGGUGGCUGCCAGUGGUCGCCCCUGUCCUCUAUAUUUAGCUCAACUACAGGCGAGCGGCCGGGGUUGUGUAAAACCCCGAGUGGCGCUCACACACACACACCCACCCACACAUACACACACUUCAGCCUCCAGUCGUCACGCUCCCAACAGUACACACACCGGCAGGAGUGCUGAGUUGUAACAGUGAGCAGGAAACAGUAGAGGCAGUCAGCUGCCUCAUCCAGCUACAGCAGCCAUGGAGGGACUCUAUUUCGAGGUGAAGCCCAGAAGAGAUGAAGUCCUCAGGCCAGAGAGGUCAGAGAAGCCUCUCCCUAAGCUCACUUCAAACCAUCGCUCAUGUCCAGUUCUUUCAGCUUCCACCUCUUCCAUGUCAUACCCAGACAGACUCACCCUUGCUGGGGAGAGGGCUAAUCCCUCAGCUGGGGGACAAAUGGGGGAGGAAGAGGAAGAGGAGAUACGAUACAGACUCACGCUGAUUGGUUCUCUGCCAGUACACCACCUGACCACCAUGGCCAUGCUGCCAUGGGUGGUGGCUGAGAUUGGGAGAUCUCAGCCUGGGGAGAGAGAGCUGGGAGCAGGAAGUCGGUCUGGAGGAUCAGGAGGUAAACAGUUGGACGUCCCUGCACGGAAUCAGCCAGUGUCUCUCUGUGUGUCGGCAUCGAGGGUGCAGUGUGUGUGCAUUGGGGCUGAGGGGGUCGCUUGGGAUCCUCUGUCCCACACGGUUCUGUUUGAGUGUCGUCCUCACCGGGUGACCAAGCUGAUUCACAACAGCCAGGAGCCCAGCAGCUUUGGCUGUCUGGUCCGAGAUACGCAUCACUGUGCCUGCUACGUCUUCCAGUGCCGGGACUGCACCAAGGUCCCUGAGAUCAUCAGUACGUUGAGGCAGGCUGGGAAGAGCUCAGCACGUAAUGAUGACAUCACCAACACAACUAACAAAGUUUCCACCUCUUCUGGUGGCAGCACUGCCUCUGAAACAUGCCUCAGCUUCACUACAGUUUCCACGACAACAACCUCGGCAGCACCUACCACUGUUGUGUCUCCAACGGCCUUUGCCAAGAAAUUUGAGGUGCUGUUCUGCGGUCGUGUCAGUGUGGCCCACAAGAAUGCCCCGCCUGCCCUCAUUGAUGAGUGCAUUGAGAAGUUUGGCCAGUCUCACGUCUCAGGAGUAGGGGGUAAAGGAGGAAGUGGUGGGGGAUUGGUAGGUGGGCUGAGGAGGGUGUUGACCUUCCAGUCUAAUGGUCUGGGGAGUGGUGGUGUUGGUAACGGGGCCACAGAAAGCCCCCCCACUGGCAAGCGUCCCAUCCUGUUCAAACGAGAUCCCAGCUUCCCCUGUCUGCAGGCCCUGGAUGAGAAUGGGCUCUCACCAGAGAUUUCAAAUGCCAAAACUGGAGAUACAAACACACAUACUUCUGGAGUACAGCCCACCAGUCUUCAGGAGAACAGGACCAUGCUGUUUACGGUGGGGAGAUCACAGAUCUUCCUGGUUAGUCCAGACACUAAGAAAGUUGCUAUAGAGAAGAGCUUCAGAGAAAUCUCCUUCUGCUCACAGGGUAUUCGUCACGUGGAUCACUUUGGCUUCAUCUGCAGGGAGACGGUGGAAGGGGGGAGCUGCCACUUUGUUUGCUACGUCUUCCAGUGUACAGACGAAUCAUUGGUGGAUGAGAUCAUGCUGACUUUGAAGCAGGCGUUCUCUGUGGCAGCCCUACAACAGAGUGCAAAGACCCAGAGCCAGCAGUGUGACAGCUGCCCAAUGCAGCAGCUCCACAGACUGUGUGAGAGGAUAGAAGGUCUACACCCUUGUAAAACCAAGUUGGAGCUUCAGAGACAUCUGGCCACUCUGGACAACCAGGAGCAAGCUUCAGUCUUUGAGAACACUAUGAGGGCUCGUCCCAAGAAUGAUCAAGAGGAGAAUGAGUUGGUGAUGGCCAGUCUGAGGAAUCUCUAUGAAGAGAGACAGAGAAGUCAUCAGCACACACAGCCUGGAGACAGCAAGCGGGUGAAUGAGGAGGCUGCUCCAGGCCCAGUGGAGGUACAGCAGCAGAGCAGCAGUCGGCAGCGCCUGGAGCAGUUCAAGACCCGCGCCAAGCGCUCUCUCACUGAGUCCCUGGAGGGCAUCUGGAAGGGCAGCAACAAGGCCAAAACUCAGAGGGAGAAUAGUGAAGGAGGUGACAGCUGCUCCUCUACCUCUACUGUCAACAGCAGUCAGGACCAGCCCUCCUUAGAUGACCCUCUGCCUGCCUCCUCCCCUCUACAGCCCACCAGCCCACUCAGGUGCCACAACUCAACAGGAGACCUGAAGCGCCUUGACACCUCUCCCUCUGUCUCCUCCUCCUCCCUCUCUCCAUCCCGCGAUACUCAGCAGCAGGGUUUCCGCCGACGGGCGAGCACCUUCAGCCACCCUCCCACCCCGUCCUCAUCCGACAGCUCACCGGCACUCAUAUUCACUCAUACUCCACAGGAUGCUGCCGCCACUACCAAGCCCAAACUGGUCCGACACUACUCUGUCAGCACUGACACUCCACACCAGAGCAAUGAUGUGGCAGCCCUAACCCCCAUAGGUGAAAGCCCUCUGCGCAGCCACCGCCACUCCUGGAGGCAGCAGAUCUUUCUGCGGGUUGCUACUCCUCAAAAGAACUCCGAUUCAAGCGAGAGGGGGGAUUCCUGUUUGGAGGCGGGUCGUGUUUGUGGGAGCCCGGUGGGAGGAGGCGGAGGUGUGGACGUGUCGCUUAGGGUGCUGCCUGAGGAGCGGAAGAGGAAGAGCAAGGAGGAGCUGAGGGAAUUAUGGAGGAAGGCCAUCUUGCAGCAGAUCCUGCUGCUGAGGAUGGAGAAGGAGAACCAGAAACUGCAGGCCUCAGAGAGCAACCUGCAGAACAGACGUCUGAAGUUGGACUAUGAGGAAAUCACUCCAUGUCUGAAAGAGGUCACUCUGGUCUGGGAGAAGAUGCUAGGAACUCCUGGGAGGGCAAAGAUCAAGUUUGACACAGAAACCAUACAUGCUGCUGUUGCACAAGGUGUCCCAAGGCACCAUCGAGGUGAGAUUUGGAAGUUUCUGUCCGAACAGUACCUGCUGAGGCAGACGGUCCCCUCCCGACCCCCGGCCAACCACGCACCAUAUAAGGAGCUGCUCAAACAGCUCACCUCGCAGCAGCAUGCCAUCCUUAUAGACCUGGGUCGCACCUUUCCCACCCAUCCAUAUUUCCAGGCCCAGCUGGGGGCAGGACAGCUGUCACUUUAUAAUCUGCUAAAGGCCUACUCACUGCUGGACCCUGAGGUGGGCUACUGCCAAGGCCUGUCCUUCAUCGCAGGGGUGCUGCUGUUACACAUGGGAGAGGAGGAUGCCUUCAACAUGCUCAAAUUUCUGAUGUAUGACAUGGGGCUCCGCAAGCAGUACAGGCCUGACAUGAUUAUACUGCAGAUUCAGAUGUACCAGCUGUCGCGGCUGCUUCACGACUACCACAGGGAUCUGUACAGCCACCUGGAGCAGCAGGAGAUUGGCCCCAGCCUCUAUGCCACUCCCUGGUUCCUCACCGCUUUUGCCUCACACUUCCCCCUCGGCUUCGUGGCCAGAGUCUUUGACAUGUUGUUCCUGCAGGGGGCGGAGGUCAUUUUCAAGGUGGCCCUGAGCCUGCUGGGCAGCCACAAGCCUCUGAUCCUGCAGCACGACAGCCUGGAGUCCAUUGUGGACUUCAUCAAGACCACCCUGCCCAACCUCGGCCUGGUGCAAAUGGAGAAGACCAUAAACCAGGUUUGUGAGAUGGACGUUUCCAAGCAGCUGCAGGCAUACGAAGUGGAGUACCACGUCCUGCAGGAUGAAUUGUUGGACACGCCCACAACCCUCAACCAGUCCCAGCGAGCUGCACAACUGGAGAGGACCAAUCAGAGCCUCCGGCAGCAGAACCUCGACCUGCUUGAGGAGCUGCAGGUGUCCCACGCACGAGUGUGCAGCCUGGAGAGCCAAGUGGAGGUGCUGGUCCAGUCCGAGGGCCGGCUGAGGGAGCAAGCAUCGGCCCUGGAAGAGGAGAAGAGGCAGCUGCAGAGCACCGUCACCCACCUCCACGAUAUUCUCACCAGCCUCGGCAUACACAUCUCCCUCGACGCGCACCCGCUCACACACACCCCACCCCCUGAUAGACACACAGUGACGGCGGCAGCUAAGGUGGAGGGCAAAGAGGUGGCAGGGAAUGGAACGGCAGCCACGGUCCCUCACCCCCCGGCUUGCCCAGAGGAUUCGUAAUCACACUGACCAGCCUGCCUCACAUCAAGCUCAACAGGAGGAGGCGCUGGUUGCUGGGAAUUUUAAGGUCCGGUCGUCGACAGAGACGUUGAGAUAAUUCCUUACUUUAUCUUCUUCUUAGCCUGCCAAACUUCAGAAAGCUCUGAAAAGAAGAGGAGAGGAGUUUAGACCUUUAAUCCAGACGUGAGAAGAACGGAGAAAUUGCAAAAACAUGGGAAAAGUCGAGAGAAAGACAGACACCCUUGACUCUCAUCCCAAAACUCUGCUGACCUCCGUUCAUCCCGAGCUGUGCCAUGAGUGCCCCCUUCCACAUCCUAAUGUAUAAACAAACGUGAUUUGACCAACAAUCCCCAAAGAUAGCACUGUCCCACUGGGCUUUUACUGUAAAAACAAAACCCAGUGAGGUUAACCUUUGCACCUGUACUCAUCUGUCUUGUCAGUUACAGCUUGUCUGUGAGGGUUCUCAUUGAUUGUAUGCUUGUAUUCGAGUGUUUGUGUGUGAAUGUACUCAUUACAAUGAGGCUAAACAAGCCAAAGAAUGUCCUCCGUAUUAUAAAAAGAGCCGGAACAAAGUCCCAAGCUCCCAUGUCACUUGGUCAGAUAACAUCCUGAAGGAACAUCAUUGAUCACCUUUACAUCUUACUAGAAAUAUAAAUAUCUGUUGCCAAAGAAACAAAAAAUGAGAGAGAAGGGAGUUGAGCUGGAAUGAGUGAAAAUAUGAACACAUGGCUGAACAAUAAAUUCCAUGAAUUGUGUUGAUUUAAACAGAUUUUUUUAAAAACUUGAUUAAAUAAGCUGAAUGAUGCUAGAUAACAUUAGAUGGAUAGUUGAUGCUGGUGAGAGAUGGUGCAUCUUAUAUCCCAAUAAGCACAAGGGGAGAGACAGAAUAAAGACAAACUAUUUGUCAUUCCUCCUACCUUCCCAUUAUGAAGCAGCAGUCUUCCACAACGGUGUAUCUAACUGUACGUUUACCGUUCAGGUAUUUAGCUUACAACGAGCAGAACAACAGAAUAAAUUCAGUCCAUUUUACAUCCCUUUCUUUAUCUGGGAAAAUUACUUGGAUCCAGCUGUACAGAGAGGGGAAAGGAUCUAUUUUAGGCAAUAGCUAGUGUAUUACUAGUCAGGGGAAACACCUGCUAAUUUCACUGAGUGCCUGAUCAGUUUCUUUUGCCAAAUCCCAGCAAAGCAGGAUUUAUUUCUAUAAACAUGAGACUUGCUGAGACAAUCCAUCAGCUAUUAAUCACACCUACUGUAUUCAACACACUGAAUCCCACACAGCCGACAAGUUUUGUCGCGUGCUUGUAUGUAUGUCUUCAUGUAUUAUUGUGUGUGCAGGUGCCUGAGUAUGUUUAUCUUGUAUUCAUGCAUGUCACACACACACACAAUUGCAAAAACCUGUUGAUUUACACUGUAAAGACGUUGCUUUGACUCCUGACUGUUCUUGCACAUUUUUUGUUUGUUUUAAUUGAUAAUUAUAUAACUGUAUUGCAUUGUAUUAUUCUAUACUUUGAAAUACAUUUCAUAUCCUUCCAGUA